AUGCAUACCAGGCCGCUAUGGAGGGAAGUAUGUCGAGACAGGGUCGCACGAUUCGAGGAAGGCCGUAUUUAUGUACUGGAAGAGAAAUCACGGCAUUUACAGGGCCAGAUUGGACACAUUCCGAGUGGACAGUUUGCCUGUGAUGAGAUCCGUCGAGUGUCUAUUAGAAUCGGAUUAACGUCACACAGUCGACUGCACUGA